CACCACUCGUCGAGGCCGCCUGACCCCAGACUGCCAUGCCGUCCGACGACGAAAGUCCAAGCAAUCAUCCAACCGACACCUCAGAAUUCGAGACUCAGUUUGUUCCACGAUCAAAUGACGAGGAAAUAUUGUAUGAAGUCGAACAGAUCACCGCAGAGAAAGGGCACAUGUACCGAGUCAAAUGGGCCGGGUUGGACCCCACAACACAAAAACCAUGGCCACAGAGCUGGGUCGACAAGCACGAUUGCACGGAUGCACUCGUCGCGGAGUGGAAAGCCAAGAAGGCUAAAAAGAAAGAGCAGAGAGACGGAUCAUAUACGACGGGGGGGACGAGCGUUCGUUCUAGAUCGUCAAACUCACUCCCUGCGGCACCCUCGUCACGCAGAACGCGUCGUUCUGCCGUCUCUGAGCCUUCGCCCCAAAUACCAUCUGAGGAUGAACAUCCUACCCACGCAUCUACUUCUCAUAGCAAGAAAGAGCAGUCCUCAAAACGUAAGCGCAAGUCGUCCAGCUUGACGCGUCGCGCGGUUAGUGGAAUGGAUGCGGACGAACGGGAAGGGUCAAGUAGGCCACGAAAGAAGCGUAAGAUAAGCGUAGAGGUUAGAAUCGUAUCGUCUCCUCACCAGGGAGAUCGUUCCGCCAACAAAAAGGGAAACACUAAUAAGGAGUCCAAAUCAAAGUCCGAUGGCGACAAAAUGGCCAGCAGUUCUCUAGUCGCGAUUGGACCGCCGCACGGAACCAAGCCUCAGAGUUCCCCCGGGAGCAGGUCGAGGCUGGAGGGAACACCGGAAGAUGCGCCUGUUUCGUCGUCGAAGCCUCCGCGCCGUGCAACAGCCGAGUCCUCCAAGAAGAAAAUCUCUCCCACCCCUCGCCCGUUGUCGCACAAACCCCUUAUUCGAGAACCUAUUCUAUCCCCAGGUGCCGUGGCCCGUCUCCAGCUCUUCGACCGGUUAACGGCAACGUCGCCAGAUGGAGAUUACGGUGACGUUGAUGCACCCAUUGAACCCUCACACAAACGACCUAAAGUCACACCACCCAACUAUCAUCGCGAUACCAUAGAAACUCCACUAGCGACUGACUCUUCUAAGCGACAAUCCCCACAGAAAACCUCCGCUUCUAAGCUCAUAAAAGCGAUGCUGCCAAAACUUGACAGCGACGAGGAUUCGUCACCUGACGACUCCGACUGCCAAUCAGGAUUGCCACCGCCGCGCCCUACUUCGAAAUCGCAAAGUGGCAUCUCACGCAUCAUGGACAAGGGCGACUCCUCCAGGAGAACCGACCACCAGUCCAAGCAAGACAAACUCGACUUGCCUGAAAUUGCCGCAAUGCCUGGACGAUGUUCUACAACUCCCCUCGAUUUCAAUGACCUUGGUUCAUCAUCACGACUUCAGAAAACUAAAUACGUUAAACCUUCUCGCUCGGCAUUGAAACCUGUCCCUCAAAUUUCGCCAAACACAUUCAGAGCCAAGGUCAAGCCCCUCAGACCAGUAGUUGCGGUCUCUUCUGAACCACCACCAAGCUCUAUCGAGAGCUUUGCUUCUCCACGUGUCAGAAGACCGUUCACAAGAAAGCAAUUGGCAACGCAACAUGCACGGAAGAGCGCUACUGUUUGGCGACCAUCCGAAGAUGAUGUUGAGCUGGAUGUUGAAGAGGAAGA